UUGAAAAUGCGAAAGAUACUACCAAAGGUACUCGAGAUCGAGGAAGUCAAAUUGUCCCUGAACGACGAAGAAGCCUAUAAGUAAUCCCUUUUGUUAUGUUCAUUUACACGCGCCAAAGAGAAACUUGAGCGUCCUAUUACGUUCUGCUGCUGCUUGUGUGCUUCAUAGCUGGUAAGAGAGACGGAAUUGGAGGCUAUCACGUCAUCACCACAGUUUCGCCACAGAGAGAAAAGCUAAAAGGUCGUGCCAUUUGGACGCAGGAUGGAUGACCUUGGUAGCCAGGUCGGAGUGCUGAUUAUACUCUUGGUGGUCAUCCUCUCAGCACUGCUGCGCGUCUCCCUGCGCAUGGUGAAUAUCCCAGUGAUUGCUGUGAUUGUUGUGAGCGGCUUCUUCUCUGGAAUGGCGGUGGAUCGUUACCAUCUGAAAGAACAAAUGCUUGCCAUCACAGACUACCACAUCAACGAGCUUCUCAUCCUGUACAUGCCUGUGCUCGUGUUCACGGUUUCCUUCAGUACCCGAUACCAUAUGUUCCGGAAAUGCUUUUGGCAGUGCUGCAUUCUGGGAUGCGUCGGACUUCUUGUGAGCUGCUUUCUGUUUGUGGUUUACAUGGACCUUAUGGGCAUGAACAGCAGCCCCGUUGUCUCCGUGAUGGUCAGCAUCCUCAUCUGUUCCCCCGACCCUCUCUACCUCAAGGACUUAUCGUUUUGCUCAAUAGCGAAAUCUCACAUCAUGGAAACACUUCUGCUGGGCGAGUCACUCAUCGCGGCAUCCGUGCUCUGGUUCGUACAUCAUAUUAUGAUCGCGCCGUUCACCCUAUCAGGUCUAGGUAUGAGGCUCCUGACUACAACACUAUUUGGGCCAUGCCUGGGGAAAUUGGUGGGUCACCUUCUCGCCUACAUGCUAAUUUCUCUCUCACAGGACGUGUCCAUUACUUACCUAGUGUCCAUCUCUGCCGUCUACAUGACCUAUCUGACGUCCGAGUUGCUGCUCAUGGGAUCUGGUGUCACAGCUGUCAUCGCUUUGGGCGUCACUACAGCGGCACAUUGUGCCUCCACUAUUAUGGACCCCGCCAUCUUGCGAAAGUUCUGGGGUCUAUUUCGGUACACAUACAGUGUGGUCCUCAUCUACCUGGCUUCGUUCAAAGUGGGACGCGAUUCCAAUAGCUACAUCGACCUAGACGACAUCAAUACUAUCGUGCACAGCUACCUGGCUAAAAUAAUCGUGAGGGGCGUGAUGAUAGUGCUGCUGUAUCCAAUCGUCUGCUCCACUGGUUACCAGCUGACGUGGAAACAGUGCACUGUCAUGUUCUGGGUUAAUUUCAAGGGUGCUUUCAUGAUGGGCAUUUCGCUUUCCAAAUGGCUCACAGACAUCGACGUCAGCUUGGCUCUCAAGGAGGAAGCCAUCCGUCUGGGAGUCUUGUUUCUUGUGCAGGUCAUUAAUACAACCACCCUUCCUCGUCUCGUAUGGAGCUUAGAUUUGGGCCAGUUGUCAGAGGCGGAAACGACGAACAUGGCAGUGGUUGUGAAUGCAUUGCGGAAGACAGCAUCGGCGUCUACAAAUGCUCAGCGACGAGAGAAAAAGUUCAGCGGAGCAGACUGGAAGUGGAUACAGCUUCACACCUACAUUGACAACCCUUAUGCUACCAUUGCACUUGCUGCGUCAAGGGCCCGGCUAUCAGGCCUGAGCAUUAGGCGAAGGAGAAGUGACGUUAUCCAAGAGCAAGCCCAGCGGAGUGCUAAUCGCAACAUCCUGCGUCUUCAGAAGGUAUGCUACAAUAAGCAGUACGAAGAAGGGAUGGCUCUUAAGGGAUCCACCACAACGAUCCUGGCUUUGCUGCAAUACCCCCUUGAAAGAGAAAAGUACCUCACAGUCGACAUGGUGAUGCCUUAUAUUACUGUGCCAAAAUGGAUCUAUUCAUUAAAAAACCUUCUUCAAAGAUACGCCGGCACGGAAGCCAUUGAACACCGCCGUAGCACCCGCGUCUUAUCGACACGCAUGGAGGACUUCGACACGUCCUACGGGGAUGUGGAUAUCCUCACGAUGACUAUCAGCCAGGGCUGGUACCACGUCCUCGUCGGGUUUAUCGCCACGGGAUUCGUGCUGCUUCUGUCUGGUCUCACAAUUCUCUAUAUGUACCGCUCCACCGACCAAAUUUUCUCGCUGGUCACUUCGGUCCAGGGAGUCUACGUUGUCCUCUAUGCCGUGGAGAUCUUUCUAGUUGUGUACACAGUGGGUGUGUUCCGUUCGGGCGACAUUUGGCGCAAACUAGAUUUCAUCAUAUUCGCCCUGACCGUAUUGGAGUUCGUUCUCGCCAGCUUCGCGAGCGCCUCCACGGACAAGAGUGGCUACACCCUCUUCAUACUGUGGAGUUUCAUCAUGCUCGCCGGUUGUCGCACCAUCAAGACGCUGCAGAAGAGAGUCGUGAUGUACGUGUGGCUGUGGGACAUGAUGGACGGGCUGCUGAACCGGAAGUUGUUCUACGCUUAUGACGUCAGCUGGUCCUACAUCACUGCGGAAGAUGAGGCCAUGGCACGGGUGGCUCGCCAUGUCCACUCUGUGGUCAUGGCCAAGAAGAUAAGGGACACCUGCCGGAGGAACAAGCUAGAGACGCUGAAGAAUGUCAUCGACAUUCAGCAGAAGUAUCCCAAUAUCGAAGUGGCAACCAAGACACGUCAGGCAGCCCGACGAGUCCUGAAUAAAGCUAUGGACGGCCUUCGCCAACUGCAAGAAGGAGGACUGUUGGAAGACAGGCAAUAUGCCAUGCUGUAUGAGGACCUCACAUGGACGAUCCACACUGUAGACGGUAUGCCUAGGGACAUCAUGGUUGGCGACACGCUGCUCUGCAUACUGCUCAGCGUCCCAUGGCUGCCAAACGAGAUCGUACCUAACCUCCUGCAGUCAUUCUACGUGUCUCAGAAGAAAGGUAGCAUCAUAGUAUUUGCGGGACACGAACACGAAACCGUUUCUAUCAUCUGCUCCGGAAUCGUCAAGGUAUUCGCAAGAGAGGCAGUGGGAGAACGCAACGUAAGCGCCGUCCUGGAGAACUCAGACUCUAACCAGUAUUACACUACGGAGACCGCUUUUAAAGAUUAUCUGGUGGCUCCCGACGCUGUCGGCAUCAUUGGGUUCCUGACGCACGGUCUCUCUGUGUGCCAAGCGGUCUGCGAGACAGAAGUACAGUGCUGUUCCAUUCCGAUGGAGGUAAUGGAGCGCAUCGUGGAACAUCACCCCGACCCUCCGACUGUCAUCUACCGUAUGUGGUUCGCUGUGGCAGUGCGAAUUAGCAUGGCCAUGUUGGUCAACCAGAAGCGCUACCAGGACUGGACAAACGAUAAGCUAAGACGGUUUCUCGAAUCUGGCAUAAUGCCGAACCUCUACUGCGCCGCGGAGUUUGCCCUUGAUGACGCAGUUCAAGACGUCAUUUUAAUCCAGGGACUCGUGACAUCAAAUGACGGUCUUCAGACCUAUUAUGGACCAGCUUACAUUCCGGAAGAGGUCAGAGCGAUUAAUCUUCCGGGUACGCCUAGCAGUCGGUCACGACCGAUAAUGCUGAUCACGACUUUAACGCGGUACCACUUGCCUGCGGAGUUGGACUGGUACCAUCAGCCGCUCCGGCCUUUUGACUAUAUGCCUAGGCCACGCGCGGAAGACGACGCUUACGCUCACUGGUAAUCAAGCUGCAUUACUGGCCAAGUUUAUUACAAUUUAUUAGCUGGGAAUUGAUGAAGAUAUGGAAUCCUUAUUGAUCCUUAUAUAUCGGAAGAUGCAUCGCUUCGUGAAUAAAUUACCGGAAGACGA